AUGUCCGGUACUUGCUCGACCCUCUGUUUGAUCAUCAUCACUAUAUUCAUUCCCCCUCUUGGUGUCUUUAUGAUUGCAGGCUGUGGAGUUGACUUCUGGAUCAACGUCCUGCUCACAUGUCUUGGUUACUUCCCCGGACACAUCCAUGCCUUCUAUUUGGAAUACGUCUUCUAUGAGCGUCGCAAUCGCGAUCCACUGACUCGUGCCUCUCAACGGCCCGCACCUGGCGUCUACUCCGAUCGCAUCCAGAAUGGAGGCCUUCAUUCCGUACCCGCAGGCCAGACUUACGGUACUAUCUGA